GCGGGUGCCCGGCAUGGCUGCUUUUCCAGCCUGCUUUAAGCCGAGGUCCUGGCUCCUCUGUGUCCCCCAGCUGGGGGCCGUGGGGCUCCCUGAGAUGACUCUUUUCCCCUUCUCCCAACCCUGUGGCGUGAUUCUCAGCCCAGUAUUGCUGCUCCGGACAGAUUCCGGGGGCUGGUCCUCCUGCCUCGUGGGGUUGAGGUGGCGUCCCGUUCUUCUCCGUGGCUUGGAGGAAACUGCAUCAGGAUGGUGGCUGGGAACGUGUAGCGGCUCUCGGUCCCUGUGUAGUUGGUUGUCCCGUGUCUGCUUUCUGGCUUUCAGAGACGAGCGACUAGAAUCAGGCGAGGGGUUUCUGCUUCUGAGCCUUAGAGUCUUGUGAGGAGACCCCUCCCUGAAUGUGGUGGCACAGGAGCCUGGCUGGGGGCGAGGGUGACUGGGAGGGCACGCCUGGGGGACAGCAGCGGCGGGAGUGUGGUCCGAUUGGCCUGAAGAUCUCGGGCGGAGCUGACCUCAGAGAAGAGUGCGGGUCUCUCGCCCUCCUGGGGCAGUCCCCAGGACGAGGUGCCAGGUGCCUGGCCCAUGUUGCAGGGGGCUGUGGAGCCCAUGCAGAUCGACGUGGACCCCCAGGAAGACCCACAGAAUGCACCCGACGUCAACUACGUGGUGGAGAACCCCAGCCUGGAUCUGGAGCAGUACGCAGCCAGUUACAGCGGCCUGAUGCGCAUCGAGCGGCUGCAGUUCAUUGCUGAUCACUGCCCCACACUGCGGGUGGAGGCCCUGAAGAUGGCCCUGUCCUUCGUGCAGAGAACCUUUAAUGUGGACAUGUAUGAGGAAAUCCACCGCAAGCUCUCAGAGGCCACCAGGUCCUCUCUCAGGGAGCUGCAGAACGCACCCGACGCCAUCCCUGAGAGUGGCGUGGAGCCCCCACCCCUGGACACGGCCUGGGUGGAGGCCACGCGGAAGAAGGCCCUGCUGAAGCUGGAGAAGCUGGACACGGACCUGAAGAACUACAAAGGCAACUCCAUCAAGGAGAGCAUCCGGCGUGGCCACGACGACCUGGGCGACCACUACCUGGACUGUGGGGACCUCAGCAACGCCCUCAAGUGCUACUCCCGGGCCCGGGACUACUGCACCAGCGCCAAGCACGUCAUCAACAUGUGCCUCAACGUCAUCAAGGUCAGCGUCUACUUACAGAAUUGGUCUCAUGUGCUUAGCUAUGUCAGCAAGGCUGAGUCUACCCCGGAGAUUGCUGAGCAGCGAGGAGAGCGUGACAGCCAGACCCAGGCCAUCCUCACCAAGCUCAAGUGUGCCGCAGGUCUGGCGGAGCUGGCUGCCAGGAAGUACAAGCAGGCUGCCAAGUGCCUCCUGCUGGCUUCCUUUGAUCACUGCGACUUCCCUGAGCUGCUGUCCCCCAGCAACGUGGCCAUCUACGGUGGCCUGUGCGCCUUGGCUACCUUUGACCGGCAGGAGCUGCAGCGCAACGUCAUCUCCAGUAGCUCCUUCAAGUUGUUCUUGGAGCUGGAGCCGCAGGUCCGAGACAUCAUCUUCAAGUUCUACGAGUCCAAGUACGCCUCGUGCCUCAAGAUGCUGGACGAGAUGAAGGACAACCUGCUCCUGGACAUGUAUUUGGCUCCCCACGUCAGGACCCUGUACACCCAGAUUCGCAACCGUGCCCUCAUCCAGUAUUUCAGCCCCUACGUGUCAGCCGACAUGCAUAGGAUGGCGGCGGCCUUCAACACCACAGUGGCUGCCCUGGAGGACGAGCUGACACAGCUCAUCCUGGAGGGGCUGAUCAGUGCCCGCGUGGACUCGCACAGCAAGAUCCUCUACGCCCGGGAUGUGGAUCAGCGCAGCACCACCUUUGAGAAGUCUCUGCUGAUGGGCAAAGAGUUCCAGCGCCGCGCCAAGGCCAUGAUGCUGCGGGCAGCUGUGCUCCGCAACCAGAUCCACGUCAAGUCCCCGCCCAGAGAAGGGAGCCAGGGGGAGCUGACUCCAGCCAACAGCCAGUCUCGGAUGAGCACCAACAUGUGAGGGGUGGACCUUGGCCUCCAGGACAUCUGCACCCCCUCCCCAUCUCCACGGACCUCCUGACCUCCAGGCGGCUCAGUGCUGCCUGCAGCCCAGCUAAGAGGCCUGGCCCCUGGGUGCCCCCCAGCCUGCAUGCCCUUGCUGGGGCAGGGGAGGCAGGCGGCUGCUAGUUGUGGCCCUUCCUGGAAGGAGAGGCCUGCAGGGCUCGACCCUGUGGGUUUCUGUCCCCAGGGAGCAGACUGUGCGGCACCCAGGCGCAGCGGCACCACUUCCCAGACCCCUCCUGUUCCCGCCUUGGUCAGGUGCAGACAAGUGGGCAGUAUCCAUUAAAAAGCAGACUGAGUGUU